AUGAGCGCCGACGCCAUCCCCGAUUUCCUCGCCGAGCAGCGAGACGAGGCUCCCGAGGAGCUCCAGCCCCUUAUCCUUGACUUCGAGAACUUUUGGGAACGCAAGCUCUGGCACCAGCUCACCAAUGCUCUCGUCGACUUCUUCAGCCACCCCGGCAGCGCCCCUCAACGACUGUCCUUCUACCGGGUCUUCAUCCUCAAGUUCGCCGACAAGAUCAACCAACUUAAGCUUGUGGAUCUCGCUCUAAAGGCCGCCACCGAGUGUACAGAUGAUGAGGAGCGUCUGGUCUUCCUGCAAGCCGUUGCCAAGAAGGUCGACAACGAGAACUCCCAAGAUGCUCUCGUCUUUGCUUCAGUGGCCGUUGCCCGAGUGAAGUUGGACCUGGAGGACCUCGAUGGCGCACGAAAGGACCUAGACAAGGCGGAGAGGAUACUUGACUCGUUUGACUCAGUUGAGACGAUUGUCCAUGCUGCAUUCUAUGAUGCGAAUGCCGGUUAUUACCAGCGCAAGAUGGACUUCUCCAACUACUACCGCAAUGCCCUCCUCUACCUCGCUUGCAUUGACCUGGCCGCACUCAAGCCCGAUGAGCGUCAUAGGCGAGCCUACCACCUGAGCAUUGCUGCUCUCGUCUCCACCAGCAUCUACAACUUCGGCGAGCUGCUACUACACCCUAUCCUCGACGUCCUGGCCAAGACCGAACACUCCUGGCUGCGAGAUCUCCUUUUCGCCUUUAACCGCGGAGACCUCGCCGCCUUCGACGUCCUUUCCGAUCGCGUUGAGUCUAACAAGCUCCUCGACCAUCACUCUGUGCAGCUCCGCCAGAAGAUCUACCUCGCCGCCUUGACUGAGGCCGUCUUCCGCCGACCCCCCCACGACCGAGCCAUGUCCUUCGCCACCAUCGCUCACGAGACCAAGGUCCGUCCCGAGGAGAUUGAGCACCUCAUCAUGAAGGCCCUGAGUUUGGGUCUCCUUCGGGGAACCAUUGACCAGGUGGACGGCGUGGCGCACAUCACCUGGGUCCAGCCCAAGGUGCUUGAUAUGAAGCAGAUUGCCGCUAUGCGCCAGAGACUGCUCGACUGGGACUCGAGUGUCAACCAGCUCGGCAACUGGAUCGAGUCGGCUGGCAAGGAUGUGUGGGCAGCGUAG